GUGUCCGGAGGACGCCUUCAGCGGACGGACACUGAUGGUGUUUUUAGCGAAACAUAACAACCCAGUCGUCUAAAUGUAGCCGUGAUUAAUGUUACAUAUUAUAUGAGAUAAUAGGACCGCGUAACAAAACAACCUUUUUUUUGUAAACUAAGUGAAAAAAAGUAUUUUAUUUCAUUACGUAUUGAAUUAUUUAUAGCUGGUUUAUUUUUAACUAGCUUAACAGCUAUAGCUCGACGCGCAACGAUCCAGAUGCUGCUAGCUCCUUUAUCCGCAUUAACAUUAUCUAAUGUUCUUACUAAUCGUAUUGACAAGUCACAAGUCUAAGCGGUGUAUUUGCCAUCAAAGUAAAGGUUAUACGUCCUCAAUUACUGAAGAGUGGACGGACAUAACAUUGGGCACCUGCAACAAUCCUGUUUAUCGUUAGCUUAGCUUGUUUACACGAAGAUUUCGAUUAGGCAAGGCAGGAAGUGAUGAUGUGACUACAGGGGGAGGUGGGUGAAGCCUCGGCAGUGAAGUCAUGCGUGACUUGAAGUGUUCAUUGUCUGAGAGAAACCAGCCCACUGCACGGUGGUGAGCAGGUUGAUAAACCAUCACUGGGACAUUGAGCCUCUUUAGUACCCAACAUGCCUGGGAUGGUAGUGUUUGGUCGGCGGUGGGGGAUUGCCAGUGAUGACCUUGUUUUCCCCGGAUGUUUUGAACUCUUCUUUCGUGUGCUCUGGUGGAUUGGCACCAUGACCCUGUUCACUUAUCACAAGGGUCAUUUUGAUUGUAAUGGAAGAGGAGUUCUUCACAGCUAUCUGGUGGGACUGUUGGUCGUGUUGGCGCUCAUCAUCCUGUCAUUAUGUGCCACUGUCUACGUCAGCGCCCAAGGUACCAUUACAAACCCCGGCCCACGGCGCUCCAUGCCGGCCCUGGUGUAUCUGCGAGCUCUCUUGUACAUCCCUGAGCUGGUGUGGGCCUGUCUUGGAGCUGUCUGGGUGUCUGACGACAGCAAAGGUUGUGAUCCUGCCACAGUGGGAGCUGUCAUAGCGGCAGUAGUUGCCAGCUGGAUCAUCCUGCUGUUCACUGCGAUCGGUGUUGUGUUUGUGUUUGACCCGAUUGGUAACCCACGUCCCCGGCCUGCUGACAUGGAGCCGCUGGGAGUACGAGACCUGCAGAGCAACGAGGGCACCCAGUUCUUCUCCACAGCUCGCUCCCUGGCUGUAAAGGUGUGGGAGAGCCGGCUGCGGCUCAUGUGCUGCUGUCUGCCACAAGACGAAAGCCACCGAGCAGCGUUCUCCAGCAUCUCCCAGCUCGUCAGUGGAUUUUUCUCUGACACAGACCUUGUCCCCAGUGACAUCGCAGCUGGUCUGGCUUUACUGCACCAGGAGCAGGAUAAGAUGGAGCGAAGCAGAGACCCAGAGGUCGAAGUUGAUCACAGUCCUUCCUCCCCCAUCGGAGAAGAUUUGGAGACAGAGUUGGAGAAAGCAGCUCACUGUAUGCAGUUUGCUGCAGCGGCUUAUGGCUGGCCGCUGUAUGUUUACUCCAACCUCUUCACUGGACCCUGCAAGCUCAGUGGAGAUUGCUGUAGGAGUCAUGCAGCAGAGUACGACAUUGUGGGAGGAGACCACCUUGGCUGUCACUUUUCCUCCAUCCUGCACAGCACUGGUCUGCAGUACAGAGACUUCAUCCACGUCAGCUUCCACAACCAGAUCUAUGAGAUUCCGUUCUUUGUGGCUUUGGAUCAUAAGAGGGAGGCUGUCCUGGUGGCUGUCAGAGGAACGCUGUCUCUGAAGGACGUCCUGACAGACCUGUCUGCUGAAUGUGAGAACCUGCCUAUAGAAGGAGUGACCGGAGCCUGCUACGCUCACAAGGGCAUGUGCCAAGCAGCAGGUUACAUCUACAAGAAGUUGGUGAAUGAUGGCAUCCUGAACCAGGCUUUCUCCAUAGCACCGGAGUAUAAACUGGUGAUCACCGGUCACAGUCUGGGAGCUGGCACCGCUUCACUUCUAGCCAUCCUGUUGCGCAAUUCUUUCCCCACCCUGCAGUGCUACGCUUUCUCUCCACCAGGGGGACUCCUCAGUAAAGCUCUAGCUGAUUACUCCAAGGACUUUGUGGUCUCUAUUGUGCUUGGGAAGGAUUUGGUUCCCAGAUUAAGCAUUCCCAAUAUGGAGGAUCUGAAGAGGAGGAUUCUUAAAAUAGUUUCCAACUGCAAUAAGCCAAAGUACCGCAUCCUGCUGCAGGGGUGCUGGUAUGAGCUGUUUGGGGGAGACCCUGACGACUUCCCCACUGAGAUGGAUAACAGGAGGGAGGAGGAGCUUAGCCAGCCGCUGCUUGGAGAGGAGUCACUGAUCAUACGCCACUCGUCAUCUUAUCAGAGCCUGGCGUCGGACGACUCACCUGCACACACAGCUGCACAUUUACCUCUGUUCCUGCCCGGACGCAUUCUGCAUAUCACAGAAGACGGGCCGUCACGGAGGUCCUGCUUUUCCCAGGUCCGGUACCGUGCUGACUGGUCCAAUGAAAUGGCGUUCAGGAGUGUUUUGAUCAGUCCCAGGAUGUUAGCAGAUCACAUGCCUGACGCUGUGCUCCGAGCGCUCAGCAGCCUGACUAGCGACAGACCCUUCCCCCUGUGCCCGUCGUCUUUAAGCAACAGCAGCCAGCACAAUGCAAUCUGAAAUGUAUCAUUUAGACUCACUGUGCUCCUAGGCUGGAUUGUAAUCAGAGCCAUGAAACCACAGAGAUUGACAUGUUGUGAUCUCCAUGAAUGCACCUGAUUUGUAAACAUCUUGGAGCACGAGGGUUUUUGUUAAAUCGCACUUUUCAUAAUUUAAUUGAUAUAAUUUGUUUUAUUUCAAGUUCCUCAAUGAGCAACUUAAUGCCAUGAUCUUUGAAUGUUCGUUGUGUACAGUAUUUGACAGUGCUGCAGUUUAACUGUAAUGUGAUUGUGAACAUUUUAUGUUUGUAUGAGUGUAUGAUACUGUCUUCCUUACAGGACUGAGGGGCAGUCUCAUCCAAAAUAUGAAGAUAUGAGAGUUUUACCUAAAAAUGUGGAUGGAAGCAUCACGUCUUUAUUGUAUAGUAAAUGUUGAUAGUCUUUUUAUCUGUUUCAAUAUUUAAACAUCAGGAUGAACAGUGCCUAUGCAGACAAACAUUUGCUUUAAAGUAUGACAGCGAUGGUGGCAGUGUAUUAACUGCAAGUUUUGUUCUGCAUUUUCUAAAAUGCAGUUUUCAUAGUGCAUGGUGUCUGGCAAAAAAAAGAUAACAAAGGUAGAGAGUGUAUUUGUACAUUUUGUGGGAACCUGUUUACUUGCCAUGGAUAUUACAUCUUUUUUUUCAGGUAAUGUAUUAUAUUAAAGUUGGGUUUAACUGAUGCCUGCAUAACUAUUACACAGCCUCAAUAGAUUGCAUUGGAUCCCUUGAUCUAAAUAAAAGCUUUUGUGAAGCACU